AACAGGUGAACAACUCGGACAGAUUUUCGUGACGGACUAGAAACAAAUUAAGUGCGGAGCCUGGAGGGAGAUUUGAGAGGUGAAAGGAGUACGGUCGGCCUCAAACUCCUUCGUGAAUCGAAGUGGUCGAUUUAUUUCCCGCGUCGUCGUCAUAUUUAUUUCUUGCCAACAUGGAGUCAGAUGGUGACAUUAAAACGACGCCAAGGGGGUUUCACUGCACUCUGUGCAAUGUCAAUUUACCAAACAAGCCAAGUCUAGAGCAGCAUGUUAAAGGACGGAAACACAAGACACUGAGCACUGUGCGAGCCACCAGGAAGACCCAGGAGGAGCAUAGUGUGUUUGUCAGUGGCAUCAAGCCUGACAUCUCUCAGACUGACAUUGCUGAGUACUUCCAGCAGUUUGGGCCAGUCACAGAUGUUAUCAUGGAUAAAGACAAGGGUGCGUAUGCCAUCGUGCAAUUCAGUGAGACUGAGAGUAUAGACGCAGCCCUGGCCUGUGUUGAGCAUCAGAUGAAGGGCCUGAAGCUGCGUGUCAAACCCCGGGAAAAGAAGGAGUUCAAGAUGAUUCCCAAGAAGAAGAAUGACUCCCAGAACCUCCAACAAGUUCUCGACCGUCUCAAACCUGAGCUGUGUCAGUUGGCAUCGGUGGAUGCACAGAUGAAAUACAUUGUAGAGCGAUUUCAGUUGGGAGAAAAUGAAAAGAAGGGCAGAAGCUUGCUGGUUCAGCUCCUGCAAGAGGUUUUUGUCGAGUUUUUUCCAGACAGCCAGAUUCUGCCAUUUGGUUCAUCUGUCAACACUUUUGGUAUCCACUCCUGUGACUUGGACCUCUUCCUGGACCUGGAAAACACCAAGGUGUUCCAGGCCCGCGCCAAAUCUGCCACAGAGCAGGCAGGCGAGGGUACGUCAGAUGAUGGCCGCUCUGAGGACUCUAUCUUGUCUGAUAUUGACCUGACCACAGCCUCACCAGCAGAGGUCCUGGACCUCGUGGCAACAAUCCUGAAGCGCUGUGUCCCCAGCGUGCACAAAGUCCAUGUGGUCAGCAGUGCACGUCUCCCCGUGGUCAAGUUCCAUCACCGUGAGCUGAACCUGCAGGGGGACAUAACAAUUAACAACAGACUAGCAGUAAGGAACACUCGCUUCCUCCAGCUGUGUUCAGGGAUGGAGGACAGGCUGAGACCUUUGGUGUACACCAUCCGCUACUGGGCUAAGCAGAAACAACUGGCUGGCAAUCCCAGUGGUGCCGGUCCCCUUCUCAACAAUUAUGCUCUGACACUGCUGAUCAUCUUCUACCUGCAAAACUGUGAGCCUUCUGUCCUCCCCACAGUGGACCACCUCAAAGACAUGGCCUGUGAAGAAGAAGAGUGUGUGAUUGAGGGCUGGGACUGCACCUUCCCCAGUCAGCCCAUUGCAGUACCCCCCAGCAAGAAUACACAGGACCUCUGCACCCUGCUGUCUGGUUUCUUCUCCUUCUAUGCUAAGUUUGAUUUUGCCAGUAGUGUCAUAUCUGUCAGGGAGGGGCGUGCACUCCCAAUCACUGAUUUCCUGCAAGAGGAACAGCCCUCCAAGACCCCUCACCAUAGUCCCAAACUGGGCCCCCUAAAUCUCUUGGACCCCUUUGAACUCUCCCACAAUGUAGCCGGAAACCUGAACGAGCGCUCGCACCGCUGCUUCCAGAAGGAAUGCCAGGAGGCUCAAAAGUAUUGCCGCAGCCUGCAGUACCAGUGUAAAUCAACCAAGGGGAAGUCGUGGGGGCUGGUGCGCUUGUUCACCCCCCAUGGGGAAGUUCCACACACCAAAACAGAACAGCUGACCAUCAGCAUCCCGUUUAAAUCGGCGUCACUCCCUGAAGAGCUGCGUAAUCAGCUGCACAUGGCAGGAGACGGUUUCCGACUGCUGUGGUUUCAGAAGGUUUGUGCUGCUGUGGAGGGAGUACUCAAAAGUGUUCUGAGGUGUCACCUUGCUCCCUCCACAGAUGUCGUCUUUGGUGAGGAUUCAGCUGUCAAUGCUGCAGAUGAAAUGGAAACUCCCUCAGCUUCCCUCAACACAUCAGCAGACGACAGCAUUAACAGCGUCGACUCCCAAAACGAAGCCAGCCCUCUGGGCACAGCCGUGGUCGGUGCCAAGAGGCGGCUGUCUUCUGGCAGCGAUGCGUCUGUGUCACCUCAAGGCAAAAAGCCAAGAAUGGCAAAAAGGGGCAAUUUCCCUCACUGGGUCUGUGUGCAAAAGCACAUAGUGUGGGCUGGCAGGAGGAAAGUGAGAAGGGAGCUGAUCAAAGAUGCAGACUCGAGGCCAGAGGGCAGCUGUAUGGAGAUGGAGUCCCAGGUCACAGCUCACAUCAUUGAAAAAGAGCCAGCGCUCAAGGAGCCCCUGAAGUUCAAGGUUCAGCCCCAGAUGGUCGGUGGGACAGAAAGCACGAGGGCAGUGCUCAAGUUGGAGCCAACCACUGACAGUGCAGGAGUUUUUCACGACUUCUUUCAUUUCCUGGAAGUCUUCUUACCUAAGAUGGUAGAGACAUUGCUAGGAAAAGAAGCAGGUACUGUUUAAAAUGGGACCUGUUUCAGAUAUGUUGCGGUUAAUCUAAGAAUUUUGGGUUUUCUUCAUUUUCAACCAGAGAUGCUGAUACUGCCACUUAAAUGAAUCUUUGAGAGCGGGACAUGAGAGAGCGUUGCUGUGGCUUUAUAUGUACCAGCCACACAUUAUGUUAUUGUGUGUAUAGGCUUUGUCAGAAUUUCGAGUUUGUGCUGUUUUGUUCUGUUUUCUGUAUAUUUUAUACGUAUGAGUUUGUUUCAGAAUAAGAUGUUCUUUUUAAGCCAACUUUUAUGUUUGAGAUGUGGUUUGGUUUUAGUACAUUUCUGUUUAAACUAGUGCUCUUAAAUAACGACGCUCGGAAGGGAAAUUGCAGUGGCAGAUGUGUAGUGUACACAGCACCUGAUGUUGUCUUCAUUAUGAAUAAAAAAGUCUUUGUAAAUCUCUGCCA